AUGUCAACGGCAAUGGCGGUCUGCGCGGAACCGGUGCAGGAGGCUCCAGCAAAGACGCUGCACAAAGUGCGCAACUUCACGCCAGGCGUCGUGAUGGCGGAUUUGGCGACGGCCUUCGUCGUGGGCACUGCUGCCGCCAUCCCCAUCUCCAUCAUCGACUACAGCAUCAUGGCGCGGGUGGCGGGUGUGACGGACAGUAGCAUGCGUGAGCUCUGGCGGGGCACCAAGACAUUGUUUCUGCGCCCUCACCGCUUCUUCUUGCCGUGUGCGGAGAACAAAUGCAGCAUUGUCUUUCGCGUGUGCUUUGUGGUGUACGCUGGCACCUACAUUGGCUCCAACACCAUGAAAAGCUACUGCGAGGCGAGGGGCUAUGCCCCGGAGGUCGGCAAUCUCGCCACUGGCAUCACGAGUGGCGUUGUUAACACCAUCACGACGGUGUGGAAGGACGGCGUCAUCCUCCGCUCCCUGCCGCCGGCUAACGCGGAGCUGGUGGCCGCCGCAAAGAAUCCCGUGCCGUGGCUAACGCGGGGGCUUUUCUGCACCCGUGACAUUCUCACGUGCGUCGGCGCCUUCACCAUCGCCCCGAUGGUGGCGACGUGGCUCUCGCGGAGCUGCUGGAACCCCGCUGAGAACGCAAAGCAGAAGUUGCCAGACCCCGUUGAGGGCAAGAUGCAGAUCCCACUCUCCACCGUGGACACGGCGCAGAUUCUCACGCCGGCGGCACUGCAGUUCGUCACGACGCUGCUGCACAUCACGGCCAUCCGCUACCGCCAGACGUACCCCAAAUUUGACGCGUGGGAUUUGCAGUCAAGUCUGCGGGAAACGUACCUGUCCGCCACGCUGCUGCGCAUUGUCCGCAUCUUGCCCUCAUUCGGGCUUGGCGCGAUCCUUAACCGCGAGCUCCGCUCUGACUUGCUUGACCGUGCGGAGGGCCCCACUGCAUGA